AGCUAGGUUGUCAAAUCAUUAUAUGCAUAUCUUUAAACUAUUAGUAAUUUAUUUUCAUCUCAUACAACUCUAAGUGAAAAUGACAGUUUUAAGUCGUGGUUAAAGUUACUGUGGUAUAAUUUGUAUCUGCUCGCUCAGGUAUAGAAAAUCUGCCAUUUGAACUGCAGAGGAAUUUCCAGUUAAUGAGAGACCUGGACCAGCGGACAGAGGACCUUAAGGAGCAGAUUGACUCCAUGGCACGUGAGUACACUGCCAAUGCGCGGACUCUGUCUUCAGAGCAGAAGGUGUCACUCCUGCGGCAAAUCCAGCAGUCCUACAGCAAGUGCAAGGAGUUUGGAGAUGACAAAGUGCAACUGGCCAUGCAGACUUACGAGAUGGUUGACAAACACAUCCGGAGGCUGGACACAGAUCUGGCUCGCUUUGAGGCUGAUUUGAAGGAGAAGCAAAUUGAGAGCACUGACUAUGACUCCACCUCCAGCAAGGGCAAAAAGAGUGAAUCAAGGUUGCCCAAAGAGAAGAAAGUGGCUCGAACUCGGUCGAAAGUGAAGAACCCAGAAGAGGAUGGAAGCCCAAAGAAUGGACAAAAGAAAGUCAAACUUAAUCACACGGGGGAGUUCAGUGCACCGUCUGUGAAUUUCGGGAACGUCCAUCCCUCCGAUGUGCUGGACAUGCCGGUGGAUCCAAACGAACCCACAUACUGUCUGUGCCACCAGGUCUCCUACGGGGAGAUGAUUGGCUGCGAUAACACAGAUUGUUCCAUUGAGUGGUUCCACUUUGCUUGUGUGGGAUUGACAACUAAGCCAAGAGGCAAAUGGUACUGUCCACGGUGCUCUCAAGAAAGAAAAAAGAAGUGACUGAGGUAGAAGCGCUCAUUCAGAGGAGUGGAGAGAGAGAGGGAGAGAGAAAGAGGGGAGGAGGGGACAGUGUAUGUGCUCCCUCUUUUCACUCAAGUAAUGAUAUGAUCUCCUUUUCCCUCUCUGCAGUAUUUGGUGCUUUUUUUGUUCUCCUAUUCCCUGUUUCUGGCACAGGGAAGGAAAGCUGCAGGUGUAACUACAGCUGUAUUUUCAGUUUAAGCAUUAUGUUUUCAGUGACUAUUUUGUUGAUGUUUGUGGUUUUUUUUAACUGAGUUUAAAAAGUUAAAUAUAAACAGCAUUAAUCCAGCACUUUCUCCUUGACUGGAAUGUUUAUUAUACUGUACUCUAUCAUACUGUGUUCUGUUAUUCCAUAUUAUAUUAAACAUCUUGUGUACUGCAUCAAUUUAUUUUGGAAGGGGUAAUUUCUAAGGGCAUACUUUAUAUACUGAAGAUUCACAGGGCUAAACUAUGUAGUAAGUUAUGUUUGUGUGUAAUGUAGUUUAUCGUUACAGGAAGACCUGCAAAACAUGGACAGUAUUAUAACCUGGACUCAGACCUAUGUAACUGAACUGUGCUACUCUACCUUUGUUGGCUAGAAUGGUUCGUAAAUAAUGAUGUAGUGGCAAAAACCAAUGUAAAUAACUGAUAACGAAUUGAGAAAUGUACGACUUGUUCGGAAUUGUUAAAUACAAUUAUUACAUUGUA